UCCCGUUUAUUAUUAUAAUCUCUCAUCAAUUUCAAGAUUUCCCUUUCUUUUGCAUUAACUCAACUCACGUCUCUUUCCCACUAGAAACCAACUCCUCACCAGCUCAUCCCUUCCGUUCUUUACCCAAAAGUACAAAUCUUGAUGUAAAAUGGACGGUCAAGAUUGAAAGAACAUCUCUAGAUCUUGUCUAUCUUUUUCCACUGGCCCCCAGCGCCACCACGAGCGCACCACUCUCAUGCGUCAAUCCUUCCGCCAUUCUCGCCUUCCCUUCUUCUUCUUCUUCUUCUCUACUUCCCCUACUCGUCGGUGGUGCUCUCGCCCGCAACGAUCACCGCGCGAUGUUCUUCGUCUUCCUCCUCUCGCUCCCGGUUCUCCUCGCCUCCGCGCUCUCCGAACCAUACGGUGUUUCCUACUCUAUAGACUGCGGCGGCACUGCUAACUUCACUGGUGAGUUCGGCCGGCCAUGGAUUGCCGACCGCUUCUACUCCGCUGGGUCUCAGGGACUGGUUGCUGAGCCACAACGCUUUUCGCAGCCGCAAGAGCGCACUCUCCGCUUCUUCCCGUCCGUCUCCUCCGGUAAGAAGAACUGCUACUCUGUCCCUGUUCCCCCUGGCCGCUACUACAUCCGCACCUUCACCAUCUACGACAACUACGAUAGCAAGGUUCAUCCCCCUAGCUUUGACGUCUCCGUCGAGGGUACUCUCGUUUUCAGCUGGCGGUCCCCUUGGCCGGAUCCUUUACCUCGCACUGGCGCCUACUCGGAUCUCUUCGUGCAUGUUGUUGAUGGUCUCGCUGAUGUUUGCUUCUACUCAAUCGCUACGGAUCCACCGGUUAUUGCCUCUCUUGAGAUCGCUCAGGUUGAUCUUCUCUCCUAUGACUCUACUACUACUGGCCUUGAUCUUAUUCUCGUCAACUAUGGCCGCUUCUCUUGCGGCUCCGAACUCUUCGGUCCCGGCUUCACCAACGACACUGACCGCUUCUGGCGCGUCUGGCAAUCGGAUGUUGAGUUCCGAGAACCUAAUGUUAAGAUAAAGGCAUUGUCUGCUGGUGGCCGGCGAGUGUUCGGCACCAACCAGGCCCCCAAUUACUUCCCUCCUUGGCUUUACCAGACGGCCAUUACAACCAUCUCUGCCAAUGCGGCGCUCGAGUAUCUCCUCCCGGUUGACACGAGGCUUGACUACAUGCUCUGGUUUCACUUCGCUGAGAUAGACUCCGGGGUCAACGCCGCUGGCCGCAGGGUGUUCGACGUUGUGAUUAACGAGAAGAAUGUGACCAGAAUCGAUAUAUUCAAGGAGGUUGGAGGAUUCACAGCGUUCAAAUGGCAUUACGUGGCUGAGAACCUCACAAGCACGCCACUCAGUGUGAAGCUUGUUCCAGUAAUUGGGAAGCCAAUAAUGAGCGGACUGGAAAACUAUGCCAUGGUUCCACUUGAUCUUUCUACUGUUCCAAGACAAGUGGCCGCUAUGAGAGCAUUGAAAGAAUCAUUGAGAAUACCAGACAGGAUGGGUUGGAAUGGGGACCCUUGUGCUCCUUCGACUUGGGAUGCUUGGGAGGGGGUUACCUGUCAUCACAGCGAGGACCGCUUAAGCCUUGUUGUUACACAACUGGAUCUUGCUAGUCAAGGGUUGAAAGGCUAUAUUAGUGAUCAGAUUAGUCUUCUGGCUAACUUGGUAAGCUUAAAUUUGAGUUCUAAUUCUCUUGGAGGAAGUUUGCCAUCUGGUCUUGGUCAGGGAUCUCUUGUGAAAUUGGAUUUGUCAUCAAAUCAAAUUUCUGGGGGCAUUCCAGAGAGCAUGGGUUCAUCAAAUCUGCAAGUUGUGUUGUUGAACAGCAAUGAAUUAGAUGGCCAAGUGCCUGACAAACUCUAUUCAAUCGGUGUGCAUGGUGGAGUGAUUGAUCUGUCAGGUAACAAAGGUCUAUGUGGUGUACCUUCUCUACCUGCAUGUCCAUUUUUUUGGGAAAAAGGAAAUUUGUCAACUGGUGGCAAGGUUGCAAUUGGGCUGGCAUGUGGUGUUUUUCUCAUCGUGUUGCUCUUGCUGAUUUACAUACUCUGCAUAAGGCGGGGAAGACAUGAUUAUGAUUUUGCUCCUACUCAAGGUUUAACAUCCAUCUCAGCAAUUGCAGCAAAAAGAAAUAGAUACCAAAGGCAGAAGUCAUUAAUGUUUCUUGAAAUGGAGACUCCCAAUUCUAAUGGAUUGCCAGUUACCUCAAAUCUUCGGUCAUCACCACCUGAUAGAAAUGUGCUCAAGUAGUCCAUAAUAUCAAAAAGUUUAGCCGCAGCUGACAUGCAUUCAUAUCUACUUCUAACAAGGUUUUGCUCAAGGAAAUUUUAUGGUAAAUAUAUAAUGAUAGCACAGUUUGUUCAAUUGGCUCCAGUUGAGACAGAACAUUAAGUCCGGGACUAGUAUACUUACAAGACGGCAGUCCAUUCUGGUUAUUUCCUCGCAUGAUGAUCAGACACCAAGAAAGCAAUAUCAGUGUAAUGUGUUAUGGUUUUAUGUGUUCAUGUACAAUUGUGUUGGGUGGGAAUUUUGUCAAUGUUGCUUGUCAAUAUGUUUAUGAUGUUGUUGUGCAAUAUGGGACCAUACUUGUGUAAGAUUAGAGAUGAGAAUGAGUGUAAUAAAAUUAGUCCCAGUUAAAGAUAUUAGCCAAU